AUGAACACCCGCCAACAGAGCAAACGUAUCUAUAUCUGGUAUGGAAAACCCACAAGCUCAGACAGAAAACUGAGGACUCUGCAGUACAAGGGAUUCCUUAUUAAAUCACAAAGAACUCAAACGGAAACCUGUAUACAGAUUGGCGAGUUUGUUUUAGUAGAAGGGGAGAAUGCAGAUCGACCUUUUGUGGCACAACUCCUGGAUUUAUAUGAAGAUGGUGCUCAGCAGAAACAUGCGAUUGUGCAGUGGUUUUCUCAUAUUACGGAGGUACCUCAGCAUAAAAGGAGACUACUUAAAAGAGAGGUUUCUCGACAAGAAGUAUUUUUUGAUCAAGUUUCUGGAUAUGACACUGACAUAUCUGUGGAGACCAUUAUCAGAAGUGUCAUGGUAAUACCACUACAACUGGGGGAAACACUCCCAGUCGUAUUAAACACAGAACCAACUUUCUAUGUAAAACUGUCUUGGGAUGGGAAAUGCUUUAAACCUUUAUCCCCUGACAUAUUCUCCAAGUUAAAAGAAGCAAACAAGAAAACAGGUGGUAGCCCAAAGUUUUUGCCAAAAUCCCCACUGUAUUCUUUGGACAUAAUUUAUGCCCUGGAGAAAGAAACUGAGAGAGUUGUGCAGAGUGUGACAAAAAAGAAAAAUGUUGAGAUGGAAAUAGAAUCAAAACAUUCUGCUUCCAAGUCCUCACUGUCUAAGGAGAGACAUUCACGAAGAGUAGCUAAUGACAUGAAAACCCCAACAGCAAGGAAGAAGUUACAGUUAAACAGUCCCACCAAGUCUCCCAAAGGCACACUCUCAGGACGUGAUGUUUUAGAACUUCUGGAUGAUGACUGUGAUGCAGUGUCAGAGCCAUCGGCUACGAAACGAAAAGUGAAAUUCACUGGAAUUCUAGGCUCACCACCCAAAAAGUCUUGCAGUAGUGAUAAGCCAAAGUCAAAGCUUGAUAGUGCAGAGUGUGAGCAGAGCCUUAGCGAUACAAUUAGAUUAUCCCCCUAUAGUAAGGCCAGAGACUCUAGCAAGGAAGAAAAGAAUCUUCAUAUGAAAGAAGACUCUAUAUGUUUAACUGGACAUCAGAAACUACGUAGUGUUAGCCCUAUACCGACCCCUCGUUCUCACAGAAAAUGUGCACUGAGGACAAGCAUUCGCAUUGCAGAGCAAAUCAGCUUAUUAAAUAUACUGGAAUCGGAGAAGGAAGAGGAUUUUCUGUCUAGCUCAGAUAGCUGUUACUCCAGUAGUGAAGAAGAGGAGAAUGAUGUGCUCUGUACCCCAAAGAGGAAUUCUAAAUCAAGCAGAAUAUUCAGCACCCCAAAAUCUUCAAGGAAGUCUUCAGUCCACACUCCUGCCAAGACCCCAAAGAAAACUCCUUUAUCAGCAACACCCAAGACACCCCGGAAUGCAACUCCUGAAAUUCCCAAGCGCAGCCAUGUAGCACAGAAACCAGCCAAUAUCCUAGAAGAAGCCAGAUUAAGGCUGCAUGUUUCAGCUGUCCCAGAAUCUCUGCCUUGUCGUGAAGAAGAAUUCCAGGAUAUCUAUAACUUUGUGGAAAGCAAACUUAUUGAUGGUACAGGAGGGUGCAUGUACAUUUCUGGAGUUCCUGGAACAGGUAAAACUGCAACUGUGCACGAAGUAAUUCGCUGUCUGCAGCAAGCUGCAGAAAAUGAUGAGCUACCGUCCUUCCAGUUCAUAGAGAUCAAUGGCAUGAAGCUGACUGACCCUCACCAAGCUUAUGUGCAGAUCCUAGAGUUCCUGACAGGUCAGAAGGUGACAGCAACCCAUGCUGCAACACUGUUGGCCAAACUGUUCUCUACCCCUGGACCAAAAAGGAAGACCACCGUGCUGAUAGUGGACGAGCUUGAUCUUCUGUGGACCCGGAAACAGAAUGUGAUGUACAAUUUAUUUGACUGGCCAACUCAAAAGCACUCUAAGUUAAUCAUCUUGGCCAUUGCUAACACCAUGGACUUGCCAGAGAGAAUAAUGAUGAACAGAGUAGCCAGCCGACUGGGCCUCACCAGAAUGUCCUUUCAGCCGUACACCUACAAACAGCUACAGCAAAUUAUUUCUUCCAGACUGAGCAAUCUGAAGGCAUUUGAAGAGGAUGCAAUUCAGCUAGUCUCCAGAAAGGUAGCAGCAUUGUCUGGUGAUGCAAGGCGUUGCCUCGAUAUCUGCAGAAGGGCCACUGAGAUAUGCGAGUUUGCUAGCCAAAAGAAUACCUCUGGAAUAGUCAGGAUGGUCCACAUAACAGAGGCCAUAGAUGAAAUGUUUUCAUCCCCGUACAUAAAUGCAAUCAGGAGCGCCUCUCUACAUGAGCAAAUCUUUCUGAAAGCAAUUUUAGCUGAAUUUCGCAGGGCAGGUGUUGAGGAAGCAACAGUGCAACAGGUCUAUCAUCAACAUGUAGCAUUGUGCAGAAUUGAAGGUAUGCAGAGUCCUACAGUGUCGGAAGUCAUGGCAGUUUGCUCAAGACUUGGUGCCUGCAGGCUCUUGCUGGUGGAAUCCAGUAAUAAAUAUCUUCACAUGCGUGUGCGACUGAAUAUCAGUCAGGAUGAUGUCAUGUACGCACUCAAGGAUGAAUAAGGCAAUAAUAGAUAUUUUAUAUAUGUAU